GUGGUGGGAACCAGCAUCUGUUGUUGGUUUGACGUGGGGCAUCAUUAAUUCAGUCGUUUGGGGUAACAGUGGUGGCCAGAAUUAAUUGGUUUAAUGGAUUUAUUGGAGGGAGACAAUCUGUCAGAGUUGGGUUUUUUUGGUGGGGAGUCAAGAUGUGACAAUAUAAUUAAAUUGGUGUGACUUUGGGGGGAGGUGUAGUUUUGAAGGGUAUGGAAGCAUAGGUUUCUCCCAGGUUAAGAGGCUUUAAUCCUCAUAUGAGGUGUUGGAAACUCUUCAAUCUUUGAAUGUGUUGGACUUCUUAAAAAUAACUUCAGUGUAAUUGAGCUUUUGAAAUAUGAUGAAAGACUUUAAGUAGUUUUUCUUUAAAUCAAACUCUGACAUGUGAUCUACUGAUGUAAAGUGCUAUUGAAGAGCCAGGUGAUAUUAUAACAACAGUGGGAAAGACUGGCAACUCUACUUCCAUCAUGAUAUAAUACAAAAAGUAUGCUACCCAUCCAAGCUGUGGCUUCUAUCUCAGUAUGAUGGAACAUGAGGUGAUGACAGUGCUGUGCCUCUGCCCAUAAAGAAGCCAGAAAGGAAUUGAUGCCUGCUUCUGCUCUGCUGAGGAAAUUCUCAAAAUGCGCACACAUGUCAGAAGCUAAUUAACAGAUUUACUGCUGAAAAAUUGAUGAUACAGUAAGAGCUUUUGGGGAAAGAAACUGAGAUUUGUCUCAAAGAUCUGUUGCAGAACAAUUGAAAAGAGAAAAAGCAGAAUGGACAACUUCUGAAGAUUUUUAUUAGAGAACAAAAAUCAACUGGAAACAUAAGGUGGACUUAGAGGAGUAAGAAAUUUUAAAAAGCAUCCGGAAAUUGGUAAUUCCCUGGUUUGGCUCAAGGUCUUGGGGUAAUGGAUACCAUUGAGACUGCAAAGCUUGAAGAGCACAUGGAAGGUCAAAACAAUGACGCCUCAAAUGGUUAUGUUCGACCUACCCUAUCUGUCAGUGAAGAGAGCAAAAAUGGCAAUACCAAACCUAAGGGUUUACCUAAUGGUUUGCGAAAAGGCGCAAAGAAAUAUCCGGACUAUAUUCAGAUUUCUAUGCCUGCUGAAUCUAGGAACAAAUUUCCUUUGGAAUGGUGGAAAACAGGCAUUGCCUUUGUGUAUGCGCUCUUCAAUUUAAUUCUAACGACUGUCAUGAUCACUGUGGUUCAUGAGAGGGUACCUCCCAAGGAGCUCAGUCCUCCAUUGCCAGAUAAAUUUUUUGAUUAUAUUGAUCGUGUGAAAUGGGCUUUUUCUGUAUCAGAAAUAAAUGGAAUGAUACUAGUUGGAUUAUGGAUAAUCCAGUGGUUAUUUCUCAGAUACAAAUCAAUAGUGGGACGCAGGUUCUUUUUUAUAAUUGGAACUUUGUACCUGUACCGCUGUAUUACCAUGUAUGUUACCACCCUACCUGUGCCUGGAAUGCAUUUUCAGUGUGCUCCAAAGUUGAAUGGAGAUUCACAGGCUAAGGUGCAGAGGAUCCUACGACUGAUUUCUGGUGGUGGUCUGUCCAUAACUGGAUCACACAUCUUAUGUGGAGACUUCCUGUUCAGCGGUCACACAGUAGUGCUAACACUCAGCUACCUGUUUAUCAAGGAAUACUCACCUCGCCACUUUUGGUGGUAUCAUUUGAUCUGCUGGUUGAUGAGUGCCGCUGGUAUAAUCUGCAUUCUUGUUGCCCAUGAACACUACACUGUGGAUGUUAUCGUUGCUUAUUAUAUCACCACAAGGCUCUUCUGGUGGUACCACUCAAUGGCUAAUGAAAAGAAUUUGAAGAUCUCUUCGCAGACUAAUUUUCUUUCUCGAGCAUGGUGGUAUCCGAUAUUUUAUUUCUUUGAGAAGAAUAUACAAGGCUCAGUUCCUUGCUGCUUCUCAUGGCCAAUAUCUUGGCCUCCCAGCUGCUUCAAAUCUUCAUGCAAAAAAUAUUCGCGGGUUCAGAAGACAGGAGAGGACAAUGAAAAAUCCACCUGAAAGAAAGAUGAAGAAAGGAAAGAAAUCAUUUGCUCUUUAUUUUACCAAAACAGUAAUGCUAUAACCAAAGUUCUUAAAAGGACUAGAUUGUAAGGGAAUAAGUGGACCAAAUUCUUGUGCAAUUGUACAAGACAAUUGUAGACAAAAUAUAACACCCCUUGAUGUGUUUUCUAUUCAUAACAUUGUACAGGGCUAUUCUACUCUUCAGUACUAGGAGUGCACCACAGAUAGGAUUUUUUCCUGAGAAAGAAAAGAAGCAGGAGUUUGGUUUACUUAUGAGAUUGAGAUGCCAAAGAACACACCACACCUUUCGUUAUUAAUUAUCACUCAUCCACAAAAAUCUCAUCUUUAGAGUUCUGGAGUUUGAGGGCAAAAGCUUACUAAAAUUUGAAGUUACAAUAUCUGUCUACAAUGGUGGGAAGUGGUUUACUCUAUUCUUCUUGCUAAUGAAGGUAAGACUUAUGAUAUAUGACUGGUGAAGCCGGAAGUGAGCCUUGACAUUUUAUGUUCUAUGGGAAUGAAUGUACUAUGACCCUGAAGUACUCCCACCUCCCAGGUACUCUGAUAUACCAGUUUUUACAUUUUGUAUUGGUAAUUUUUAUAUUUAAAAAAAAAACUUAAAAAAAAAAAAAAAAAAAAAAAGCACCUGACAAAGAAAGCUGUUGUGAUAUGAUGACAUUGCAAAUUAUAAAUAAUAGCUGCUAACAUCAUUGGAGCUCUACAAGCAUGGAAGUAUUUUUAUUUUUAAAACAUAUAUAUGUAACAAGAAAAAAAUUAUUUCAAAGUCUAAACAUUUAAUGCCAAGUUAGCCUGGGUCUAUAUGUAUUAUGUGUGUGUAUAUAUAACUAUGUAAUGCAUAUAGGUAUAUAUACAUACUUUUGUGUAUUCACACACAUUAACCAAUAUUAGAUAAUGAAAAGAAAGCUGUGUAUAAUGUGUUAUUGUAAGCAAAACUCCCACUGAUUUCCUUCACUUGCUUUAGUACUGCAAAGUCAGUCCCUAAAUGGAAAAUGGAAAAAUCAAACAUUUUAAAUUUGUAGUUACUAUAUCUUGAUGACACAAUAUAAACAUUGUGCUUGAGAACCUGAUGUUAUGCAUUUAGGGAUUUGGAGGUGGGGAGGGUUGGUUUUUUUUUUUUUAUAAACUGUUGGCACAAAUCUCAAUGAUUCAUAAACAGGUGCUAAGGUGAAUACACUCCAACAGCAACACUUCUUCCAUGUUACCUAACAAUAUUUAUUAUUAAAUGGUGCUGUCAUAUGACUGACCCGCUAUUCCUUCCUAUCAGGACUUGUUUGUCCAACCAAAGUAUCUACUCAAGUAUGUUGGUUUAGUAUGUGGGAAUACACAACUUUGUUAGUGUACAACAGAACUGCAGAUUAGCAGCUAACCUGGUCAAUGUUGUUUUUGUUGUAUUUCAUGUUGUUCUUGGGGAAGCAAAGUGGAUACUGGGCACCCCAGAGUUUAACAGUUAAUUUGUUCUGUAUUCAUUUCCUCAGCUACUCAAGUAUUUUAUUUCGAAACCUUCAGUAAAAGCUGAUCACAGAGGAAAUAAUUGUGUUAAUAGUUAAAUUAACCUGUAACUUGAGUGAAAAAUUUGCUCUUAUUUUUAGAAUGCCUUGACAAGUGUGAACACUAAAAAGAAAAUUAAAUAAUGAUAUUCUCAUUUUAAAAAUAUCCAGUUAGAAAAAUUGCUACAAAUAAAAUAAAAUAUACAGUACCCAGAUCUGAUUUCUUUUGCAGUGCACAAUGUCAAUGACUAUAAAAUUGUACCCCAGAAAAAUAUUUUUGUGCAUUAUCAAAGCAUAAUAUAAUAAACUGCAUUUCUUACAUUA